AUGAGACUGCUUAAACUAUUACCGUGAUUAUUGUGGGAAGUUCUUGGUUUCCCCUCACAAGGCUCUUUCAAAAUACCCAAGUGGAUGGCAAAGGUCAAACAUUUCAACCUUCGACGAAUCCAUUGUCAUUUGUUAAGGGUACAUACUUUUGCAAAGGUGUUUAGUAACGGUAUUUCUAACCAACUUUACGGUUAUUACCUAUACGACCAGUUGGGCGAAACGGUUUUAAUCCGUAUCAAUGGAGUCGGUACAGAACUAUUCACGGACAGGGUCUUGGAGAAGGAAAUCAUUAAGACACUACACGCACGUGGGCUUUGCGCACCGCUGUACGCGACGUUCAACAACGGGAUUGCUUACGGCUACGUCUCAGGGGAGACGUUGGACGCAGACUCUGUACGGCAGGCUCACAUAGGCAGAUUGAUAGCAGAGGAGAUAGUGAAGAUUCAGAGUGUGACAUUGGAUGGCCGCGACCGUAAGGCGGCUUUCUGGGACCGGAUGCGGACAUUCUGGGAACUCGGACCAGACGACGCAGAGAGAAAUGACAAGCUGUGGGCGAGUAUUCCGUCUUAGGAUGUUCGCCUGCGAGAAGUGAAUGCCAUGCACGCUCAUCUUGAACACAUUGGCUCCCCCGUUGUGUUUUGCCACAGCGACCUCCUAAUGAACAACAUUGUGUACAACAAGGAGACAGAUAGACUGGCAUUCAUCGACUACGUAUUUGCCAUGUACAAUCACGAGCAUUACGAACUCGGGAAUCAUUUUAACGAGUAUGCCGGUGUCGAGGUUCUAGACUAUAGCCAAUUUCCUGACAAGGCUUAUCAGUUAGACUGGCUGAGGUACUACCUCGAACAGAAGGCAAAAAGUCAAGGCCGUUCCCAAGAUGCCGUAGCCGACAGUGACGUUGAGAGAUGUUAUGUGUUGACUAACAAGUUUACAUUGGCCUCAGAUUUAUUUUGUGGGCUAUGGGCUUUGGCUCAAACAAAGCUAUCGCUUAUCGACUUCGGGUAUUUAGAAUAUGCACAGAAGAGGUUUGAGCACUAUUUAUCAAGGAAGGAGGAGCUGUUAGCACUGCCUGUUCCGGAUAAUUGACCAAGGCUGCUUCUAUCAGUUCUUUCUCUGAAACAAUGAUCUUAACAGUCUACACAUUUUU